AGGGAGUAUUUCUUCUGCACUGACUGGCGAUAUACAAAUGGUCUUGUUUUGAGUGAGGGAAGAAGCCAGUGCGUUCUGGGUGUGAGGCUAUCGGCACGCUGCAACAGAGGAGAAACUACUUCCCCACACUGUCCACUAUCUAUUGUCUAGACCUUCGAACUUGCACAUGCAUGGUAUCAUAUGAUCUAUGUGAGAGUGCACAAAUGCAUUGCAUGUAUAAGCUGUAGAUUGUUGGAUGUAAACUAAUUAUUAGCCUGAUAAAUUGUGGUCAGAGCUAUUGGCCAUCAUCCCAACGCGCAAUUUGAGUUGGCGAAGAGCGCGCACGGAGGAUCAUCACUAGGUGGAUAUUCGUUCCCUCUUGUGAGAUAUCAGUGGAUUGUCGGUACUGGAGAGUCCUGUCUGACAUACGUAUAGAGCAAGAGAACAGAGAGAGGAGGCUAUGAUUGCUGUGGGGGAAAACUGACAGGAGCAGCUUGGUGAACAAACGGCUCUCGAGACGCAAUGAGAAGUCGGGACACAAAACCUUUGGAACUAUAAUAGGCCUAAUAUAUAGCGUUAUAUUAGUUCAUCCUAUGAAACAUACUCCUAAUAUUUGCCUUAGAUUUGAGCGUCAGAGACCAAGGAAGGGGAUUUCGUUGUUAACCCUGUAAACAAGGCUUUAAUGCAUUUAUAGGCUAUACAACCUGCUGGAUUUUCCACCUGACUCGCCGCAGUUUCUUACAUCAAACAUACUGACUGACGCCUAUGAACAUCGAUGGAAUAAUCUAUCAGAAGACAAAGAUAAGCCUGACAACUGUAUCAUUCUUCGUCCAAUCCACCGACGAAUUCAUAGGCUACAUCAACUCCGGGACCCCAUCCAACGACAUUCAAUACGGAGGAAAAGAUUAGUAAGAAUCUUGAAAUCCGCACUGGGUUGUGCGUUGAAAUCUAAUCAGAUUCCACUGGGUUGCAGAGUAGCAAGGGGAAGCGUGAGAAAAGUUCCAGCUAAAAGCGUGACAGCGGGAAGACAACUAUCAACCUCUUUAUUUUUGCUCAAUAUGUAUUUCGAUGAUGUCCAGCCGUAGAUUAUGAUGAGGUUUGAGGAUGUUAUCAAUCUGGGGGUCCACGGCUGCGUGAGACGGUGUCUUUAGUGGUCUGGCUCUGAAGAGGUUGGUUUGUUUUUAUUGAAAAUACAAAUAUAAGGGCUGGAUCUGGGAAGAGCUCGGAUUUCUCCUGAUUCACGAAAUGGUACCGGACAGCGACAUAGAUAUAAUUGUGCCUUGUUAACCUCACAGCGGGAUAUCGCUCUGCAUCGAACCAUUAGUUUCAACAGUGCCUCCGUAUUAUUUGCUUCUUGAAAAAUAUGAUUAUGGUGAUGGAUAAUUUGACUCUAUUAUCAAUGUGCAAGUCCUAAAUCUCAACCGAUUGAUAUUCAUUGAUGGAUUAAAUUCUAUAUCGUUUGCAAUCUGGGGACCGGAUAAGGUGUGUGAAAGUAUCACCACGGAGUCUGCCAAAUUGCUUGAGAAUUGCGGAUGUAUUUUCGAUGCAGUUUUCGAGGGGAAGGAGCUGAAGAGCCAACUGUCGUUGUUUGAAUCAGCAAUCCUGCUAACAUCAGCAUCUUUGGUGACAAGGUGAGCCAGCAGCCGAAAGCGAGCAAACGUGAGGAUGGCCAGAAACCACGGAGACUGUAAAUAAAUUGGCAGCUCUCCCCAACCCCGCCUCUUCCCAAAGAGUGGAUGAUCCAGCCAAUGAAUUAUGAAUGUUGAACAAAAUGACCUCUUCUUGGCAGCAGCAGACCAUGAGAGGUCCUAGGUGGAACCGGGUCCUGUCCGACCCUUUGUUUGUGCUGCUUCUGGCUCUCCAGCUCCUGGCGGUGGCGGGCCUGGUGCGCGCGCAGACCUGCCCAUCCGUCUGCUCCUGCAGCAACCAGUUCAGCAAGGUGAUCUGCACCCGGCGGGGACUACGUGAUGUCCCAGAUGGCAUCUCCACCAACACACGAUAUCUGAACCUUCAGGAGAACCUCAUCCAGGUGAUCAAGGUGGACAGCUUCAAGCACCUGCGGCACCUGGAGAUCCUCCAGCUCAGCAAGAACCACAUCCGCAACAUUGAGAUUGGGGCUUUCAACGGCCUGGCUAGUCUCAACACCCUGGAGCUGUUCGACAACCGCCUCACCACCAUCCCCAACGGGGCCUUUGAGUACCUCUCCAAACUCAAGGAGCUGUGGCUGAGGAACAACCCAAUCGAGAGCAUUCCCUCGUAUGCGUUCAACAGGGUGCCCUCACUACGGAGGCUGGACUUAGGGGAACUGAAACGCCUCUCGUAUAUCUCAGAGGGAGCUUUCGAGGGACUCAGCAACCUGCGCUACUUGAACCUGGGCAUGUGCAAUCUCAAGGAGAUUCCCAACCUCAUACCCCUGGUCAAGCUGGACGAGCUAGAGAUGUCAGGGAACCAGCUGACGGUCAUCAGACCCGGCUCCUUCAAAGGGCUGAUCCACCUGCAGAAGCUGUGGAUGAUGCACGCCCAGAUCCAGACCAUUGAGAGGAACUCCUUUGAUGACCUGCAGUCGCUUGUGGAGCUCAACCUGGCCCACAACAACCUCACUCUGCUGCCCCAUGAUCUCUUCACCCCCCUGCACCACCUGGAGAGAGUCCACCUCCACCACAACCCCUGGAACUGCAACUGUGACAUCCUGUGGCUCAGCUGGUGGCUCAAAGAGAUGGUGCCGGCCAACACCAGCUGCUGCGCCCGCUGCAGUUCCCCAGCAAGCCACAAGGGGCGCUACAUCGGUGAGCUGGAUCAGAACUAUUUCCAUUGUUAUGCACCGGUUAUUGUAGAGCCUCCGGCUGACCUGAACGUGACAGAGGGCAUGGCAGCGGAGCUGAAGUGCAGGGCCAGUUCUCUGACCUCAGUCAGUUGGAUUACGCCCAAUGGCUCCAUCAUGACCCACGGUGCAUACAAGAUCCGCAUUUCCGUGCUAAACGAUGGCACUCUCAACUUCACCAACGUCACCAUGCAGGACACGGGCACCUACACCUGCAUGGUGAGCAACUCAGCUGGCAAUACCACAGCAUCUGCCACGCUCAACGUGUCAUCCACAGAGAACGUCCUCAGCUACUUUACCACAGUGACAGUGGAGACCAUAGAGCCCGUGCAUGACGAGGGGCGCACCACAGUUGGGCAUAAUGUGGGCCCUACCCCCUCUGCCGGCUCCUGGGAGACCGUCUCAUCCACCUCUACCACCACCACCACGGCCCGGACACCCCUCUCGACCCGGGUCACAGAGAAGACCUUUACCAUCCCCGUCACAGACCUGAACGGUGGCUCAAUGACCGGCCUGGACGAGGUGAUGAAGACCACCAAGAUCAUCAUAGGCUGCUUUGUGGCCAUCACCCUCAUGGCCGCUGUCAUGCUCAUCAUCUUCUACAAGAUGAGAAAGCAGCACCACCAGCAGAAUCACCAUGCACCCCAGCGCACCAUCGAGAUCAUCAACGUGGACGAGGACUGUGUGACGGGUGGGCCGGCCAUGGAGGGCCACCUGACUCUUCCCCCGCUCGAGCAUGAGCACCUCAACCAUUACAACACCUAUAAGACUGCGUACAACCACGUCUCCACCAUCAACUCCAUACACAGCUCGGCGCACGAACCUUUGUUAAUCCGGGCCAGCUCGAAAGACAAUGUACAAGAGACCCAGAUCUAAAACUUUUUUCAUAAUGAGACGAACUGAUAAAAUUACUAAUAGGGACAUUAGUUAUGAGGACUAUGAAUGGGAAGUGGAGGACUUGACUCACUGUGUGUCCAGGGUAUCAGUGGUUGAUGUUUAUGACAUUGGGAAGGAACUAGGGUAUGUCUAAUGUUUCAAAAAGUGUCUUUACAAAACAGAAGUUAUUUAUUUAAGAAAAAAUAUAUUGUGGUUAAUCAAGAAAAAAACUGUAUUCUGCAAUUAUUUUUUCAGUACUUAUUUCAUCAGAUGUUUUGUUUUUCUUCAUUUGAGGGAGGGUGGUUUACUAAUAUGCUUACAAACUCUAUGUGAAUCUAAUGCUAACCAUAAGUGUGUAUGUGAUGGCAAGUUGGCAAUCACUUUUUACCCCACAUACUUUGAGAAUAUCUAGAUGACCGCAGAGAUUUCCUCCUGCCACAAAUUAAUUGAUGAAAUCUUUUGUGACCAUCUGUUAAUUUAGAUGGAUUAAAAGCUUGGUUGUUAUCUGAGGGUGAACGCUGGGACUGUCAGCGAUGAAAUCUGAUAAUAACACAAUAUUUCAUUAAAUCUUCCACUCAAAUGCAUUAGACACAGAUGUACACUUGGCUCUGCCAUCGAUAGAUUGGGGACGUUAAACGAGGGAAGUGUGUUCCAAACUAACCCAGGGCCAACUGUUAGCAACAAGCGAUUCAUAGUUGUUUCACUGUGUUUAUUUUGCCAGAAAAUCACACGUUUCACACAGUGUUUUUGUCUCAUUUACACGUUGUGCAUUUAUACUAUUUGUGAUUCCUUCUUUAUUCUAUUUGCUCUAAUCCAUCAAAACUUUGUGAGUCACACAAAGAUGCUUUAAGAUCACUUUGGCAAAUGUAGUCAGGCAUAUGAGAGCUCCCUGAAUGUCACACCCCUUGUUUCCAUCUGACACCAUCUGUUAUAAUGGUGUGCCAUUCCAUCACAGAUAUGGGCGCAUUUCCAGAAGAUUGCUGUUUCAUAUUAAUGUGAUUCCUGAGAAAUUAAGCACUUCUCCAGGUGUUGAAAGAUCUAAUAAUUUGUCUAAAAUAAGAUACCUAGAACUCCCCCAAUAAUUCUGAUUAGACUCCUGUGUGAACUCUCUGUGACCUCUGACCCCUGAUUCAAGGAGCUGACUGGUGAGUGGGAGAGGGGGUUUAGGACCCCGAACACAGCUGUUUCUUCCAACACAUUGCCUGUCGUCUGUAGUCUGUUCCCACAUUGGGCACGGCAGCCUCAGAUUCACACCGGGAUCCUGCCAAGUUCAGGAUGAAGCCCAGAGGACAGAGUGCCAGGGCUUUUGCAGAGAGAGGAUUUAGGUAUGAAGCGUGUGACGUCGGGCAUCAAGCAGAUGUUCAGGUCACACCUGCAUCCCUCUACCUCGGCCAUGGCACCAUUUCCAUUUUAAUUGAUGUGCCUGCAGGGGCUUUGGGUGGACAGCUUUUCACAGGCACCCUGUUCCCUGGAAAACGUUCAAUAGGC